AUGGUUGACAAAAUUUUAAGUAUAUUCGGAAGCGGAAACUCAUCUGCGACGAAUUAUCCUAGCGAUGAUCAGCAGCAGCCAUUCGACCGACUAAGACGAUCCCCGACUGUGGAGUUGAUUGAAGACAGUCCCAAGUAUCGCUCUUUUCGGGGAAGGGUAGCCCUGAAGCGGUUGUCCCUGGACGAGGACUGUACCAAGGCUUGGUCCUACCACGAGUGCGGCCCGCGUGAGGUUCGCUGUCCGAUGGUCUUCCUCCCACCGGUCACCGGGACGGCCGAUGUCUUCUUCCAGCAGGUGGAGUACCUCGCCGAGCGGGGCUACCGCGUGAUCUCCGCCGAGUACCCCAGCUACUUCACCAUGGAGGAGUUCUGCGAGGGCCUCCUCCGCCUGCUGCGCUACUUCAAGGUGAAGCAGGUGCACCUCUUCGGCGCCUCGCUGGGCGGCUUCCUCGCGCAGAAGUUCGCCCAGUACAACCCGUCUGUGAUUGCCUCGCUCUUUCUCUGCAAUGCCUUCGGUGACACUUCUCGGUUCAAGUUUGUCAACACCGUUCCACUAGUGUGGCUCGCCCCGGCGCCGCUGCUGCGCAGUUACUUCAUCACCAAGGAGGUGCCGGAGGACGCCGACGAGCAGAUCCGCGCCGCCGCCCACUUCAUGAGCUCCAAAGUGGCCACCCUCUCGCAGGCGGACCUGCUCGCCCGGCUGACGCUGAACCUCACCAGCGACUACGUCCGUCCGGAGCGACUGCAAUCGCUGGCCAUCACGGUGAUGGACGUCUUCGACCACUGCGCCCACAGCAGCUCCACUCGACUGGAGCUGUACAAGCUGUACCCGAGUGCUCGGCGCGCCCACCUGAAGCAGGGCGGCAACUAUCCCUACCUCAGUCGGCCGGAGGAGGUGAACAUGCACCUGCUGGUGCACUUGCGCCAGUUUAAUCACACAGAACGGGCAGCCUGUGUUCACUUUAUGGACGUCAAAGAGGGCGCCGCCGAUCUGGACACCUCCUCGGUGGAGUACCACUCUAAUUCGCUGGAGUCCUCUGUGGAGGUAGCUCGAGUGGCAGAGGAGCAGAUAAGGCCGCCGCCGCCCACCGCCAAAGCGAUUGCUGAGAGAAUUGAAGAGGUGGCAGUGGAGAGUGCUGCUGCCAACAGUGAUAUGACUCCAAAGCUGGUGAAGGAAGCGGCGGUCCCGUCCAGUGCAAAUGCCCAAGUCGACCACCUGGUCUGA